AUGAUACGGGCGAGGCACAACAGGCCCGUCAACAGGCCGUACACCCUCUGGGCAGCUGCCUUUGUCGGCACAGUGCUGGCAGUGCUCAUCACUGUCGGCCACGUCCUGGCGACGUUGAAGAACUUUGCGCAGCUGCCGGGGCUCCUGCGGGGCCCGGUGUCUACAUCGCAUGGUAGGCCCACCUGUCCGUUCCCGAAAUUCAUUAAUGCUGACUUUCAUUUUGCGUAUGAAGCCUGGCUAGACGAAGACAGGCUGAUGAACGUCCACGUUUACGAACUUGACGAACCCACCUUCGGAGACAUCCGACUCACCGACAGCAUCCACAACGAGACUGAGUGGAAAGCGCCCAGCACACAUCCCGUUGCCAUGACACACCGAUCGCAUUGCUUCGAUUUCAUCCAUGCUGGAUAUGUGACGCACGUCGGGGACCGCUCGGAGCAUGUCGAAGAAUGCUCGCAGUACCUUGUGUACUUGGCUUCGUUCAUAGAUGCGACGCUCGAGAACGAGGAGCUGGUUGUGGGUGGGAGCGGGGGACGGACGGCGGACGUGUGGGAUACCGCGCACAAAGACCGCGAGGGGGUGUCAUGGACGAAUCGUUACGCUACGAACGAUCAUGAACCUGCGGUGCUACAGACCACAGUUCACGCAUGA